AUGUCACCAGAGUAUGCAAUCCGGAGAACCAUGACAGCGAAAGCCGAUGUCUACAGUUUUGGGAUCCUUCUCCUUGAAAUCGUUAGUGGGAGAAAUAAUGCUGAGUACAGAGAAAAGGAAGAAACUGUUGUUCUUCUAGAUACGGCCGCUAAUUUACGUGCGCGGGGAACGCUAGGAGACUUGGUUGACUCAAGGUUGGGCCGUAAUUAUGACGGGAACCAAACGAACAUUGUUCUGAAUUUGGCAAUGAUGUGCACCGACCAAUCACCUUCUCUCAGGCCUACAAUGUCUCAAGUUGUGGCUAACAGCCUUUCCCUCAUCAACAACCGCCUUCAGCAUUUCCUUCCUUCAGCAGCCCACAGGCGGCUCCCCCUCACAGAUCGUCUCCUCAGACCCACGGUCUCCCUCACCGGCCAGCAGCAGUCCUUCUUCCUCCACCAGCAGACCCCACGGACGACAGCAACAAGGCCAACCACCGCUGCCACCAACAGGAGCGAAGACCACCGACGCGCCACCAACCCCGACAGCUUCUCUUCCGAUCUUCAACCAUCCAGAUGGCAACAAGCAACGGCGGCGUUGGCCCCAGAUGAAGAAGGGAAGAGUGAUUGGGAGAUGCACCGCCGGUACGGACGGGAAGAGAAGAAGGAGACGAUCCCGAUCCAGCAGCUUGCUGGUCUUCGCCGGCGGCGGCGCGUGGGUCAACGCGCAGCCGCUUGUUCAGACGGCACCAAGGCUAACAGCCUUUCCCUCAUCAACAACCGCCUUCAGCAUUUCCUUCCUUCAGCAGCCCACAGGCGGCUCCCCCUCACAGAUCGUCUCCUCAGACCCACGGUCUCCCUCACCGGCCAGCAGCAGUCCUUCUUCCUCCACCAGCAGACCCCACGGACGACAGCAACAAGGCCAACCACCGCUGCCACCAACAGGAGCGAAGACCACCGACGCGCCACCAACCCCGACAGCUUCUCUUCCGAUCUUCAACCAUCCAGAUGGCAACAAGCAACGGCGGCGUUGGCCCCAGAUGAAGAAGGGAAGAGUGAUUGGGAGAUGCACCGCCGGUACGGACGGGAAGAGAAGAAGGAGACGAUCCCGAUCCAGCAGCUUGCUGGUCUUCGCCGGCGGCGGCGCGUGGGUCAACGCGCAGCCGCUUGUUCAGACGGCACCAAGGCUGUGCAGCACUGUUCCCGAUGA